GAGAAGGAGAAGUUGGUGGAAGUCUGCUCUUCAAGCGCAAGCACUUGACGUGGUAUUACAAGCAACAAUCCUGCUGAAAUGGAAGUCAGUGGAGACAUCCAAGUUAAGGAGCUGAACAAGCGUGCUUCAAGUCAUGCAUUCGAGCUCAUCCUGAGCCCCUCAACUCCUGAUGCCAAGGGUGAAUUUCCAUUGUCCCCUCUUAAAAAAAAGGAAACAUCGCUGGAUGAGAUUAAGAGGAAACUGGAAGCUGCAGAAGAGAGACGCAAGAGCCAUGAGGCUGAAGUGCUGAAACACCUCGCUGAGAAACGUGAGCAUGAGAAGGAGGUCCUCCAGAAGGCCAUCGAUGAAAACUGCAACUUUAGCAAGAUGGCACAAGAGAAACUCAAUCAGAAAAUGGAGGCAAAUAAAGAGAACCGCAAUGCACGAAUGGCAGCACUCAAUGAGAAAUUCAAGGAGAAGGACAAGAAGCUUGAAGAAGUGAAGAAAAACAAGGAGACAAUGACUCCAAGCAAAGAAAAUUAAUUUUGAUCAUAAUCUGGAAAAGUUUACAUCUCAAAAGAUAAGUUUAUAUUUUUUUAACUGACACUUAUAUGGUAUUGUUUGUUGUGUUAGUUUUGAUGGUGUGGAUAUAGGGUGAUUCCUCCUUACUUUUUUCUUUAGAUUUCUCUUCGGCAGCUGAUUACACUGUUUUUUGUGGUAUGAAACUGUGUAUUUUUACUUUUGGAGGCAUUCCAUUGUACUAAAGUGGUUUAUGUACUAAAUACUGUUUAAUAUGCUGAAUAAGUCUCAUAAUACUGUUCUAAAUUGUUGAUAAUGUUUGAAUAAGCUGUAUGUGGUUCACCCAUUAAAGUUGAUGU